UCAGUGAGUAUCAGUUCUCUCAAGAAAUUGAGUUUGAGUACAGUUAGAGGAGGAAAGUUAGGAGCUUGACUUGGUUUUGAGAAAAAGAAAAGCUAGUCGAGAAGAAGAUCAAGUGACAGAGAAAACUAGAGUGAAAUAGUGGAAAAUUCAGUGAAAAGAUUAGAAAAAUUGUGAUAGUUUCGUAACACAAUAGUGAAAGGUUUUGAAAAAUCUAUUUUCGUGCAAGUUUCAAAGAUACAAAUUCAUCAUGCCUGAAUUCAUCGAAAAACAUACAGACUUAUCAACUGGUGUUGCCAGUAAUCGCACCAAGUGUACCAAUUUGGGCCUGUCCCAUCACAUUCGUGGAGUGCCCGUAGUGAAUGGUGUCGUCACUAGUCUGACACCUAAAGUUCGUACCUUUGUCGAGGAAUGUGUGGCAGUAUGCCUUCCCGAAAACAUCCAUAUUUGCGACGGAAGUGAUCGAGAGAACAAGGCCCUUCAGAAACUUCUACUUGAACAAGGGACGAUCAAGCCCCUUCCAAAGUAUGAAAAUUGCUACUUGGCCACAACCAACCCAGCAGAUGUUGCCCGAGUCGAAUCGAAAACUUUCAUUUGCACCGAACACAGGGAGGAGACCAUUCCAACCCCUAAGGAUGGAAUCAAAGGAACUUUGGGAAAUUGGAUUUCCCCUGAUGACAUGAAGAAGGCAAUCGAUGAGCGAUUCCCAGGAUGCAUGAAGGGAAGGACUAUGUAUGUUGUACCCUUCUCUAUGGGACCUGUUGGAUCACCACUUUCCAAGAUUGGUAUUGAAGUGACCGAUUCUGCAUACGUCGUUGCCUCAAUGAGAAUCAUGACACGCAUGGGCCAAGCUGUCCUGGAUGAAUUGAAGAAGAAUGAGGAAUUCGUGCGUUGUAUGCAUUCAGUAGGAACUCCAGCAAAUGGAAUCAUUGAAGUCCCAUCCUGGCCUUGCGAUCCUGAAAGGACAAUCAUCCUACACAAACCUGCUGAGAAUCUCAUUGUCUCCUAUGGAUCAGGAUAUGGUGGAAAUUCCCUUCUUGGAAAGAAAUGCUUCGCUUUGCGAAUUGGAAGUACAAUCGCUAAAAGAGAAGGAUGGUUGGCUGAACACAUGUUGAUUUUGGGCAUUACAAACCCUAAAGGCGUAAAACGAUACAUCACUGCAGCUUUCCCAUCAGCUUGCGGUAAAACGAAUCUCGCUAUGCUGACACCAUCAUUGCCCGGAUACAAAGUAGAAUGCGUUGGAGAUGACAUCGCCUGGAUGAAAUUCGACAAGGAUGGAAUAUUGCGUGCUAUCAAUCCCGAAAACGGUUUCUUCGGUGUUGCUCCCGGAACUUCAGACGAAACUAAUCCGAAUGCAAUGAAAACAAUCUUCAGAAAUACCAUCUUCACUAACGUUGCAUCAACAUCAGACGGUGGUGUAUUCUGGGAAGGUAUGGAGAAGAGCUUAGCUCCAGGUGUUAAAGUCACUGAUUGGUUGGGCAAACCAUGGGAACUAGGAGUCAGUAAAACCCCUGCAGCUCAUCCAAACUCUCGCUUCUGUACACCAGCAUCUCAAUGUCCCAUCAUCGAUCCAGCAUGGGAAGAUCCAGAAGGUGUCCCAAUCAGUGCAGUUCUUUUCGGAGGUCGUCGCCCUGCUGGGGUUCCAUUGGUCUACGAAGCAAACUCAUGGACACAUGGAGUAUUCGUUGGAGCAGCUAUGCGCAGCGAAGCUACAGCCGCCGCUGAACACAAAGGAAAAAUGAUCAUGCACGAUCCCUUCGCUAUGCGUCCAUUCUUCGGCUACAACUUUGGUGACUACUUGAAACAUUGGUUGAGCAUGGAAGGACGUGGCAAAGUUCCAAAAAUCUUCCACGUCAACUGGUUCCGUAAGAGUGCCCAGGGCAAAUUCAUGUGGCCUGGAUAUGGUGAAAACACUCGUGUUUUGGAAUGGGCUCUGAAGCGUAUUGACAAUGAACCUUGCUAUCAAGAUACAGCUAUUGGACGAAUUCCUACUAAGGAUGGAUUCAAUUUGGACGGAUUGAAGGAGCAUAUUGAUAUGGAUGAGCUGUUCUCGUUGCCAAAAGAUUUCUGGCAAACUGAAGUUGAACAGAUUCGUACCUACUUCCGCGAUCAAGUUGGAUCAGAUCUGCCUAAGGAAGUUGAGAAUGAGUUGGAGAAACUGAAAGAGCGCGUUGACGCUAUGUAAAUGUAGUUAGGCUUUUUAAAUUUGUUAGGCUAAGAUUCACAGUUCGUUAUUCUUUCUACCAAAGUGUGAGUGCUGAAAUUGUAAAAAGUAUAGUUUUACCUUUGGAGUGAUUGUGCCAUGUAAAUAGAUAUUUAUAGCCCUUAUAGGGUAUGUUUAAGUUUAUGAAGAAUUGUGAUAAAAUUUUAUACUUAGGAAUGUGCAUAUAAAAAAUAGACAAAUAAAAUUAAUUAAAGGGAAACUUCGGUGUCUCAA